AUGUCGGCGAACAAAGAGAGUGGGACAAGCAAAGACCCGCCACCUGAUGUCAAGGAGUUCGAGAAGGAGCUCCACGGUCUCUUUGACCACUCCCGCACCGCCUCUGCCUCCAAAAUCGACAGGCUCACCAAACUCGCCUUCAAGGCCGCCAGAUACUACAAAAACAUCGUGUACUGUCUGGAAAAGUUCAUUACGCGCUGCGUGCCAGAAUACAAGUUGACAGGACUGUAUGUACUGGAUUCCAUUUGUCGGACGUCUCAAUCGGCCAAGACGAAGCUGGGCUCUUCAGGAGGAGGCACGUUCACGGGCUCUGAGUAUGUUGCGCGGUUCGAGAAGAAUAUCGAGGCCCUCUUUGUUGAGUUUACCAAAGUCGUGGAGGACAAGGAAAAGGAAAAAGUGAAGCGCGUCGUGGAAAUUUGGGAGCGUUCAGGAACGUUUGCGGCCAAGACGACGGAGAGCAUCAAGAAGAAGUACUUUCCGCUCCUGGAAACCGACAUCUCGAGAGCAGCAGCAGCAGCGGAACAAGAGACAACGGCAGCAGCAGCGGCAGAGGCUGAAACAGCAGUAGCAAAGGAUGAGUCAUCGGUGGACAAGGCGGCGUCGUUCAUCACAUCCCUGGCCGCCUCCCUCGCCGCAUCCAACUCUCCAGCUGCAUCGGCAGUCUCCUCGAACACUUCCAAUCCUUCGACACCACCGACCAGUACCGGUCCCACAUAUACAUCAUCACUCCAUUACCCAGCGGAGAACACUUACACUGCAUCGUCAUCAACCAACACACCGGUGAACCCGCUGCUUUCGGGCAUUUCGGAUCCAUCAUCAGCUCUUGCGCUUCAAACCCUCCUGGCGACCGUUUCUCAAGUCAAGGCGGCUGCAGCAGGAGUAGGAGUCCCCGCCUCCGCAGCCGUGCCGGUUUCCACAAUGCUUUCGGCCCCAGGACACCAUUACUUAGGGUACCCAGGGUUCCCAAGUGCAGCAGGAGCAGCAGCCGUCGCGCCAAUGUUGAUGCCGGACUAUGGAGCUACCGCUCAAGGAACCUCUUCGCUGCCUCCGGUGCUGCAGCAGCUUCAAGGGAUCUUAUCGAAUAGCAAUCAGCAGCAGAACCUUGGUUUUGCACCAAAUAAUAAUACCGUGGUUUCCAGCAGUACUGCACCACCGCCCUCAACAACAACAGCAACUGCGGGAGCAUCCUCUGUCAUGUCAGCUGUCAUUGAUCCUCGGACAGGAGGAGGAAGAGGAGGGGCCAUAUCAUCGUUGCCCUCUGGGUUCCUUGGUGGUGUAUCUAUUGGAGCAGCCUUAGGUGGUACUCCAGGAGGGACGAUGCCGCGGGACCCUCGUGCUGCACCCAUCGACCCACGGAUGCAACCACAACAGCCACAACAGCAUUCGAUGCCAACGGACCCCAGGGCGAACCCUCGUAUGGGCGGUGCACAGCCACUGGGCGGAACAGCACAGCCCCUGUAUCAACAACAAGCACAGCCACUCUUCCAGGGUCCUAUGCCGCCGUUGCACAUGGGCUCAUUGUUAGAUGGUCAAGGAGCAGUGAUGCUGAUGAGGAACGCCGGUCUAGGAGAUGUCGGAGCUAAAGGCGGCAUGGGAGGAGGGAAUAAGUCUGGUCCUGGUGCGGCGGGUGGACUGGAUGGACAUGCGAUGGCCCAGCUGGCGUCGUUUAUGAAUGGGAUUCAUCAGAAGGAGGGAGGGUCACAGCCACACCAGCAACAAAUAGGUGCAGGAACAUGGGGUGACAAUAGAGGACAGGGAGGAGGAGGAGUGAAUGGCGGUCAGGACGGAUACCCUCUUCCUCAUCGCGGUGGUAUGGAGGACAAGGGUAGCAGCAGCCAUCACCGUCUUGGUCCUAAUGGUUCCUCGGCUGGACAGGGACAUGGACAGGGCUAUGGUGUCAAGGAUGAUCCCUCUAUCAGUCCCGACCACAUUCGAGUGAUAAGCAGGACACUAUGGGUGGGAGGAUCGUUUAUCCCUUCGAUCUCAGAACAAGAGCUGGAGGGCAUCUUCACACCGAGGGGUAAGAUCGCUACCUUGAUGAUCAACCAAGCCAAGUUCAACGCGUUUAUUAAGAUGACCGACCGAACAGACGCAGAACGAUGCAAAGCCGAACUCGGAGGCACACAUGUCCAAGGCGAUGUCAUGAAGGUCAAUUGGGGCUGUGGGUUCGGGCCGAGGGAUUGUUUUGAUUAUACCACGGGUACUAGUGUGAUCCCACUCGAGAGGUUGACGGAUACUGAUAGGAGGUGGUUGGCAAAUAGUGUUGUGGGCGGGUUUGGACCUGGGGAGGCCAUUCGUGGUGGUGUGUCGGUCAUAGAACCCAAUAUCGAACCUGUUGGGAAGGAUGGACGCGAGGCGUUGCCGAGACGGGGUGGAUUGGGCAGUAGUGGUGGCGGCAGUGGCGGUGGUGGACAUCAUGCUGGUGGUAUUGGAAGCGGUGGACGUGGACGUGGAAGAGGACGUGGCAGAGGGGGCGAUAUGGACCAGGAUGAUUUUGGAGUUGGGCGUGGUCGUGGCCGUGGUGGGAUUCAUAGCCUGCCACCACCUCCGCAGGUGACCAUGGGUUCCAAUGGUCCUUCCCAGCAGCAGCAGCAGCAUCAGUAUCAGCAUCAGCAUCAGCAUCAGAUUCAACACCAGCUACCACCGACACCGCAACUUAGGGUGCAUCCACUUCCGCAUCGACCCCAGGUCUCGGCAGCCGGAGCAUCGACUGUCAAGCGAGACGUUGGAGGAGGAGGAGGCGCACCGACAGCAGGAGCACCAGGUGGAGGAGCAGCAGGACAGAGUGAUGAGACUCGACGCACCAAGAAGUCGCGCUGGGAGUGA